UCAGGGCCAUGAGCACAUUGCAGGCAGAUCUCUGCCCUGCCCUCACUCCUAACACCCGCUGUCUGUGGGCUGUGAGGUCGGAGCUGGAUGUGGGGCGCAAGAGCUGCAGCAGUGUUCCCUGGGGACUGGACACAGCGAGAAGAGUGGCAGCGAACUGUGAGCUCUCCCACCCACGCAGCACAGAGCCGCCCCAUGCAUGCCUUCCUCCCGCCCCUCCCAGCACCACCAGAAAUAGGAGCCCUGGUGCCCUGCUCGCAGUACCUCCAACGGGCCGGCAGCUCCUCCCGGGCCCCGCACCCCAUAUCCACAGCCCCAGGGAUGGAUCCUGACCCCACAGGCACCUCCCCGAGCACCGCACCGCCUGCUCAUCUCCUGCAGCGCCCGAUGGCCACCAACACUCUGCUCUGGGACAACAGCAGCGUGGUCCCGUGCCCCGUGGAUGCCGCCUUCGCUCAGCGCUUCCUGCCCAGCGUGUACCUGGUGGUGACCCCGCUGGGGCUGGCUGGGAACAUACUGGGGCUGUGGCAUCUGCACGCCGGCCCCCGUGGCCCGCUGAGCCCGCUGGUGGGACACCUGGGUCUGGCCGACCUGCUGUAUGUCUGCACGCUGCCCUUCCUCAUCAGCUACUACCUGCACGGCCGCACCUGGGCCUUCGGGCAGGGCUGGUGCCGUCUCACCCGCGGGCUCUUCCACCUCAACCUCUACGCCAGCAUCGGUUUCCUCACCUGCAUCAGCGUGCACCGUUACCUGGGCAUCGUGCACCCGCUGCGGGCGCGGGGCCGCUGCCAGGCCGCCAUGUCACCGGGCCGGCUCUGUGCUGCCGUGUGGCUGUGGGUCAUCGUACAGGUGGGCCCUGACUUCGCCUUCAGCAAGAUGAACCCUAAGGGGACGCAGUGCCACGACACGACGGGGGAUGAAAGCCUGGGUGCCUACGUGCCCUACACCGCGGCCGUCACCGUGACGGGGUUCGUAAUCCCCUUCCUCAUCAUCAUCGGGUGCUACUGCCACGUGGUGGUGGUGCUCUGCAGGAGCGACACGGUGGAGCCCAGCCUCAGGAGGAGCAGCAUCAGGCUGGUGGUGCUCGUCAUGGUCCUCUUCUCCGUCUGCUUCCUGCCCUACCACAUCUUCAGGAACCUCAACUUGCUGUCCCGAGCCUGGCAGCGGCAGGGGUCCUGCACACAGGCCAUAAAGAACAUCUACGUCUCCUAUCAGGUGACCAGGGGCCUGGCCAGCUUCAACAGCGCGCUCAACCCUCUGCUCUACGUUAUGACCAGCAAAGACUGCAUGUCACGCAUGAGGAAUAUCCACCAAAGGGCCAAAGAGACCCUAGGAUCCAUCUUCACGUGGGAAUCCUCUAACCAAGCCCACGAGACGAGGAGCAGCAUCAUCUUUGGGGAGCAGGAAGCUUCUGAGCAGCUCUGAGCAGCGCAGCACCUCCCCAACAGCUGUGCACAUCAGCUUCAGCUUUCCCCCCACCUGAAGAACGCUUUGUGGUAAGAUGGGACUGCAGUCCUCAGCUCCAGCAUCACAGAUGUGUCUGAGGGCAUCAGGGCCGGGCUCGGGCUUUAAAACAGAGCAGUCAGCCCCAAGUGGGGCAGUGAGCUGCUGCAUUGCAGGAUGGAGGAGAGGGGGAGUUCUGCAGGGGGAAGUGCUGUAGAAAUGGAAACAUUCACUAACAGAUCUUGAUUUAAACAUGACUAAACUGUGCCAGCAGUGGUGUUGGUUGUUUCUGGAGGCAGAGCUGCUUUGGGAUCUGGCUUAUCUUCCGCUGCCCGCCUCCUUUACAGCAGAAAAAUGUAUUUCAGCAUUAUUCAUUCUUCUGGAAGAGUCUAUAACAAACAAACCAGCAUCUUAAAGUUUCUCAGGGUUUCGUUUUAAUUCACAAAGGCAAAUGACUGGAGUGAGCUGAGCCAUGUGCUCAGCAGGCCAUGCACCAGGGAGCUCAGAGCACCUGUCACCUGCAGAGAGGCAGCACCAGCUGGUUGUGCAGAGGUACAUUGAGCUGCCAGGGCUGCGCCAGCUUCUGUGGAUGUGGGGGCAUUUCUGCUGCAGGGAGGAGCAGCAGCUCCUGAGCAGCACUUUGCUUUUUGCUUUCGGUUCUCACCACCACAAACGGCUGCAAAGCACGAACAGAGCAGUGAGACUUGAAGCAGCAGAUUUCAGAAGGGGCACAUGAGUUAGAACUGCCUCGUACCUGGAGAGCAUGGCCCCAUGCAGGCUGCAAUUGGAGCAAAGCCUGACCUGUACCAACCAGCUGCUGCUCACAUGGCCUGACCUCGCCACUCCACAAUGACAAUCACGUAGGGCUAAUGCAGCUGAGCUGCAAAUAAACACUUAACAUGUUCAUUUGCGCUCCUCUGGCUUCUUCUAGAGCAGCACGGAGCCAGCUGGCCAUGGGGAUGGAGCAGGGGCACAUGGCAGCUCUGCCCCCCUCCAUGCACCCAGCUUUCAUCCACUGCCCCCACAUCAUUGUUAAGGGUGAGUUAAAGAUCUGUAUCCCACAGACCAGCCCUAAGCCAGGAGCUGCAGCAUCUCAUGGAUCCGUAUCCCACGUCAGCCAAACCAGCAGCAGCCAUUGGGAUCUGCACACUGCAACAAAGGCUCCAGGGCUCAGUGGCAUCUUGUGCUUCACAGCCCUCCUGACCCUCGGGCAGCACCACUCUCCGUGCAAGCUGAAGAAUUAAAAAAAAAACCCAAUACCACCUCUCCUCAAACCCAGGCAAGUUCCUUCCCUUAAUUAGCUGUGUGUGUAAUUAAGGAGAACCACUGGCACAUGAGGCUGCCCAGCUCUCACAGCUGUGAGCAGCAAAACAGCCCCCUCCUGCUGCCCUCCCUCCAGGCACCUCCCCAUGCAAAGAGCAGCUGCUGCCCCACAGGGGACAAAUGUGACAAGCAGAGAUGUACAGAUACACAACCAUUUCACUUCCCUAGAAUGCAGAACUGUUCUGCUUGGCAUCCGAAAUGCUACACAAGGAAAUACUGCUGUCAGCAGCAGCUAAACCAGAGGUCCCCAGCAGAGCAAGGAGUGCAGGGCUGGGGGCUUCGGGAGCAUCUCCUGUGGUGUGAUGGGAGCUGCAGUGUGUGCAGAAUGGGCUGAGUCCUGCAGGUCACUAAUGAAAGGUCACAGCAUCCCUGAA